AUGCUUUUCAUCGGGUACGUUUGCCUAUUCCUAGGUGCCAGUGUGGACACGGACUUGACUCCACUCAGCAAUCCGCCGCUAACAAAUGUCAAAUGGUUCCAGCGAAUGGUCGAGCCAGACACAAUGAAUCCGUGGCUGGACAUCACAUCGCGCAUGAUGGGCUCCCCUUCACCAGAAUUUGCUCGAUUCAGGUUGUCCCGUGCCAACGUAGACCAUAUGGCGAGUUACAAACUGACAGCCACAAAUCCUAUCGGCGCGACCGAUCUCAUCUUCUUCCUCAACGUAACGCAUGCUCCUCGACUGAUCGGUGACCCAGUAAUUAAUGUUACCACCUCCGGCAAAGAGGCCGAACUCGAAUGCCGAGUGAUGGCAAACCCUCCACCGAGACCGUCUUCUGUCUACUGGCGACGGGUGACCGAUGAGGCGGUUCCAAAAACGGUGCCCCCUCGGGGUGACUCGCAGCAGGAAACGAAAAAACAGUCUUCAAAAGGUCCUGUCGUUCCUGCGAUUUCCGACAUGAAAUGUAACCAGGAACUUCUGAGUGGGCCGAUUAAGUACUACGUAAAAUGUUUUUCACCGGAGCCCUUUUAUCUGGUCAGCACGUUAUUCAUAACAAGUGUUGACCCUAGCGACGUUGGACGAUAUGAAUGCUUCGUUGACAAUGGUAUCGGCUCGCCGGUGGUUCGGGCAAUCGAUCUAAUUUACCCAUGUAAGCCCUUAUUGCAUUCGCUGUAA